UCCACGUCACCUACUAAAUAGCUUUGCAAUAAAUUUGCAGCUGAGGGCUUGUUGACCAGGAAGUCAUCUCUGUGGUGCAAACAUUCUGCAUUUCUCUUGUAAUUGUCCCACUCGACCUCGUGGCGACGCUCUUUGAAUAUUUGAGUCAUCUAUGGCGUGUUCUGCUGUAACUGUGUCAGUGAAACUGGAGCAUUGGGUGAGAGCAAGAACAUGCGUGUAAGUCUCUCUAUGUGCAUGUUUGUGUGAUGGAGGCAGAGGAAAAGUAUGUGUGUGUGCGUGUGUGCAUGAGUGUGCUCGUGUACGCGCGUGUGCACUUGUGUGUGAUAGAGGCAGAGAAAAAAAGUACAUGAGUGGGUGUUUGGAGAGGGAGAGAGAGAAAGCAGCAGAGAGAGAGAGAGAGAGAGAUGAAAUGGAAAGAGAGAAUCCAAGCUGACAGCUUCCCUAAUAGAGCAUGAGUAACUCGGCUAGAGACGCAGGGAAGCGUCGGAUUGCAGCAUAAUUUUCAGUUCGACAUUUUCAGGAGCGUGUUUAGGAUUUAGCUCUGUUUUCGACGGCUUAUGAACAUCGGAGAGAAUCUCUAAAAAUGGACCGGAGAAUCAACUUUGAACACUGGAGGGAAUUAUUCUUUUUUUGUUUGAUUUUUUCUGUGUCAUCUGGAGAGGUGCGUUAUGUCCUUCCAGAGGAGAUGCAGCCGGGUUCUGUGAUUGGGAACGUUGCGCGAGAUCUCGGUGUGGAAGCGAGGGAGCUCAAUGCUCGCCGUGCCCGUGUUGUUGCAGACGGAACCAGUCAGCUGUGUGAACUGGAUCUGCCAUCAGGCAAUCUUUUGAUCAGUCAACGGAUUGACCGAGAGGAGCUCUGUGCGCAAGGCAGCGUGUGCACCAUCCAACAUCAGCUUUUAUUUGAGGAUCCUCUUCAAGCAUUCAGCCUACUUUUAGACAUUGCCGACAUAAACGACAAUACUCCAGUGUUUGCUGCACAGGAGAUCAACCUUGAUUUGGUGGAGUCCACCGUUCUUGGGAGACGUUUUCCCCUGGAGAGUGCGCAUGACCCUGAUCUGGGCACAAACUCCAUCAGUGAAUACAAACUGAGUCCCAACGAUCAUUUUGGCCUGGAAAUGAGUACCCAAAUAAAUGGCAACUCAUAUCCAGAGCUUGUUCUGAAAAAGGCGUUAGACCGAGAAACACAAGCUGAGCAUGUGCUGAAAAUCAAUGGCAUCGACAGGGGAAGUCCAGCCAGAACUGGUACCGCUUCUAUCCGUAUCCGUGUUUUGGACUCCAAUGAUAAUGUCCCAGUGUUCAGCCAGCGCCUUUACAGAGCAUCUGUACCGGAGAACUCUGUCACAGGAACUUUAAUAGCACAACUGAAUGCCACAGACUUGGAUGACAGCCUCUAUGGAGAGAUAACAUACUCUUUCAGUCACCUGACGGACAAGACCAGAGGAGUUGUUGACAUUGACCCACGGAGUGGUGAAGUUCGAGUGGCAGGUGUCAUUGACUACGAGGAGGCGAGUUCUCACGAGUUGGAUGUGCAAGCUAAAGACGGAGGCGGCCAGGCCUCCCACUGCAAACUCAUCAUCGAUGUCAUCGAUGUCAAUGACAACAAACCUGUGAUUGAAAUCAAGUCGGCGUCAGCUAACAUACUGGAAGAUUCCAAACCUGGAACGAUGGUGGCCCUCAUCAAUAUUUAUGACAUGGACACGGGAAAUAGCGGACACGUCACAUGUUCGAUUCCUGACAAUGUCCCAUUUCAAAUUGUAUCGGAGGUGAAAAACUAUUAUAUGUUAGUGACAGCUGGGAAACUAGACAGAGAGGUUCAAUCGGAGUAUAACAUUACCAUAACUGCCACUGACUCAGGCUCUCCUUCACUGGAGAGCAAAAAAGUUUUAUCAAUCGUGCUUACCGAUGUAAAUGACAACCCUCCCAUUUUUACACAGCGCGAGUACACUGCCAACAUCUUGGAAAACCAACCUGUUGGCACGUUUGUUAUGAAAGUAACGGCCCAGGACAUAGACGAUCCGUCCAAUGCUAAAUUAAAUUACCAAAUAUCAAAAGAGACAAAUCUGGACGUUUCCUCCUUCCUUACCAUUAACAUGGAAACGGGCGAGCUUUUCACAUCGCGGCUAUUCGAUUACGAGCAGUCAGUUUAUUUCCAAAUCAAAGUGGAGGCCCGAGACGGAGGUGACCCCCAACUCACCACCACCUGCACUGUCAAUGUUUUUAUCAAAGACCAAAAUGACAACAUGCCAGUUGUCCUAUAUCCUGUACAAGCCUUCAUUGCUGAGGAUGUAGUUCCCCUUGAAGCGCCAAGAGGUUAUUUAGUGACCAAGGUGGUGGCCGUAGACGCUGACUCGGGCCACAACGCGUGGUUAUCUUACAGAAUAAUCAAAGAAACGCAGCCAAAUUUGUUUAUGGUGGGUUUACACACAGGCGAAAUUAGAACCACGCGAGCCUUUAUGGAGCUUGAUGAACCCAAACAAACAGUCGUUAUUGUGGUAACAGAUAAUGGGCCGGUGUCUCUUUCUGCCACGGCCACCGUUAGCAUCGCCAUUGGCGAGGGGUUGCCAGUUCUACAUGAACUCUUUGAGCUGGCUGAGGAAUCUCAGGGCAGCGAUAGCUUGAGGCUUUAUUUGAUAAUUGCCCUCUUCACCGUUUCUUUUCUCUUAAUCCUUUUAAUCAUCGGAGUGUUUUAUUAUAAGCUUUGUCGCCGUAGCUACGUGUACCGUUCGACUAGUGCCAGCCUCCCUGUUUUCCCCACCACGUACUAUCCACCUAGUUUUACAGAUUUUAGUCGCUGUGGGACAUUGCUGAAAGACGAUCGCUUUGAUCCGUUUCUGACCACCGGCUCAUGGAGAGGUGACUUUCGCUUUGGUUCAAACACGGAUACUGACACGCUAAAGAAAAGGAGCGCGGCUUAUCAAAAGAACACACUUAGGCGCACGAGUGCCGACAGAUCUACUCUAAAGGUGAGGGCCGGUCCCUCACAUCCUUGUUAUGUGAUCGCUUGAAAACUGACUGCAAUUAUUGCACGUGCAGUAGUUGUAAAAAGGUCUAAAUACCCGUGCUGAAAUGACAGGUUUUCUGUGAUCAAAAAUAAGACCAAGAUAAUCAGUUCAAAAGUUGUUUUUGCCAAUUUUCAACAUUGAGGGAAUUAGUAGUUUUCUUUACAGAAAAACUUGAGGCUUCUGCUAGAAAGAAAGAUGUCUGAAAAAGCGUACUUGAACAUCUGAACUUUAUUUGUAGUUAAUCCGAGGGACUUUGAAUCGUGCACACUUGUGCAACCAUAUUAUCAGAAUUUAUAUUUACUUCCCAUCACAUUUGUUGUCCAAUUGCAUUGUACAGAUCACAUUUAUGGUGGAUAAGGUUUUGAAAUUAUUUAUCUAAAAUCUGGGUUUAUAGAGGGGUUUGUAGACAUUUUGUAUUGCCUCUGUUUUGUGAACAAAAUGAAAAAAAAAGGCACUCGCCAGCUAUUCAAUUGAGGCUGCACACCGUUUGGUGUUAGACAUUUGUAAUAUGACUUAUAUAAAUACAGUAUUCUAUUAUCCUAAACUAUGCAUGACAUCUUGAUGCAGUACAAUUCAACAUCUUUACAAAGUGCAGCCAUAACAAAAGUAUUGUAAAUUAAAUAAUUCUGGAGGUGCGGCCUGUGUAUGCAAAUUGUGAUCACAAACUGUUAAGAUAUGACAUGGCAUCAUUAAAUAUUUUUAAUACGUGGAAUUAUGUUCUGUAUUAAUGCAUGGAUUUAUUCAUCUUGAAAAUAAGUAUAUGAAGCAAUCAACUAAAAUAGUCUCAAAUUAUAACUCAUAAUUGCUUUGUGUUGUGUUUGUUAAUUAAGUACCGUGCUACUGAUUACUUUUUUUCUUGUAAUGUUAGUCAGGUUUUAAUGAUCUUUUAUGGCAGUAAGAUGAGGUCUCUUCUGCAAUAUUUUCUCAACUGUUUCUAUUUUUAUCUCAUUUACUUCAAUAAAAAACAUUUUGAGUGGACUGUCAGACCUGUAAAAGAUUCCUCAACCAGCAUGAUACAGCUUGUAAUUUCAAGUUCACCAGACUCCAACUCUCCUUUUUUGUCCUUUACAAAUACAAAAUAUCUUUUUUCCCCCUUCUCAUUUUGUAAUGAUCAGUUUUUAGCAUGUCUCAGUCUUUUUGCCUCAUCCUUGUCUUGUGCACACAGGUCAGAGCUGUUACCUUUUAAAU